AUGUCCUUUCGAUUGCAUUCAUAUAAGUUUUUGCAUACGACUGUUGAGAAUGCAACUUUAACGAGUCCAAUUUUUCAAAUUUAUGACGAAGUGAUAUGUGUGCAACUAUUAAUUGGCCUUUGCGUUGAAUGCGAUGCACAAAUAGUGUUGCGUGAUUCCACGAACAAUGCAGUAUUAGCAAUUGCAAUAGUAAAUGGCUCAACGAAAGCCGCAGUUCAUGGCUUACCUAUGUGGCAAUCUGUCACUAUCAAGAAUAAUUCGAUCAACUAUAGUAAUUAUAGGGUUAUCAUCCAAUUAAUUCCUAAACUCAGUAAUUUCAACUUCAAUCCGCUGUGGGCGAUAGCAAAUGUUCGCCAGUGUCCUCCAAAUGAAACUUUGAGAAAAAGUGUUAUAACUUUUAGAAAUUAUUUACAAGCUGCAACUUAUGGCCAUCGGCUAAACGCAAUAUGUCAAAAAUUAUUUUAUAAUGAACAUGCUGCCGUGAGUCUUAUAUCAAGCAUCAAAUCAGAUGUAAAUCUUGAUGCGUCAUAUUGCCCUCUAGGAAAAAUUGGACCAAAGUGCUUAGUUUCCUGUGAAUAUGAUCUGUAUACUAACUUUGAUUGCAGAGGAACUCGAAUUUGUUACGAAGAUGGUUGCAUGUGUGAUGCAGGUUUUUUGGGACAAGAUUGUUUUGACUAUUGUCGUUCAAAUACAUACGGUUAUAAUUGCAAGAAAACAUGUGGCUCGUGUCUCUAUAACGAAACAUUAUCUAGCAAUCGAUGUGAUACAAAAACUGGGAAUUGUCAUAACGGAUGUAAUAAUACUAAUACAGAAUUUUACAUUCCACCUUUAUGUCAAACAAGCGUACAGAAGCCAAAUGCACCUACAAUUAUCUCAACAAACGAAACGACAAUUUGGGCCAAUGUUUCUAUGACAUGGAAAGACGAAUACGAAGAAAUAUCGAUUCUUUAUUCUUUUGUCAUUGAAGUAACAUACAUAUUUGAAAUAUUAUCUACUUAA